AUGGAGCUAGUCAAUAUCAAUGGAGCUCGGCCAUUGGGUGAUAGCAUCGGCGGCAACUGGAAAAGAAUCGCCGAUCUUCGUGAGAGACGUCGAAUACAGAACAGGCUAAAUCAGAGAGCUUAUAAACUCCGGAAAAGACAGACUAGACAGCGCGAACUCACCGAAUCGAGUCCUCGGGUACAUUUAGGCGACACUGGGUUUGGAAUGUUAGUCCCGUCCAGUGCUUCCGAUGAGCCACUGGUACAUGGCUCCUUCAAUUACCCUCUCACUGUCGAUCACCUACUAUCGUUGAUCCAUUUCAACGUCUGGCGUGCGCUUCUCACAAAUAGUGGCAGCAUGAGCCUCUCCCAUGUUUUCUCAACAUGCCCCUCAACGAAAAGCUACAUCACACCAUCACUUUUUCCUUCUGAGAUUCCACCAUCUCUGCGUCCAACAAGCUUACAGCUUAGCGUUCCACACGAGCCGUCUAUUGACUUCUUUCCUCUUCCUCGACUACGUGAUAAUCUUAUUCUAAUGGGAGAUAGCUUAUUCAAAAUGAGUAGCUUUUGUCGAGAUAUGCUUGGGACCUUUUUCCAGAAUCACGGCAUCGAUAAUUGCGAUCGGAAGGGUUUGAUUGUGUGGGGUGAUCCGUGGGAGGUGAAUUCCUGGGAAUGUACGCCGGGUUUUUUGAUGGAAUGGGGCUGGUUGCUGAAUGGGUGUGAUGAGUUACUAUACUCAACUAACCGAUGGAGAAUCUCUCGUGGAGAAGAGCCAAUACUUGUCAAGGCUGAAGUUUCGUCCUCGGUCAGUCGCAAAGAACGGAUACCUAGAUGA